AUGUCCUCCAAGCCUCGUCCUAAAGUUGGCUACAUCUACACACCCCCAUCAAAUUCAAACAACUAUGUCUCAGAUAUUAUAGAGUGGGUUGGCUAUCCGCAAUUCGACUUUGACAAUGUCAAGAACUCGUUCUUCAAAGUAGCUUAUAUAAAGGAAGAUAUCAUACAGACUUCGGGCUUGGAGACUGUUUUCCGUCCAGUAUAUGUCAUGAAUACUGAUGAGCUUGCGAUGUCGCAAACGGGAUCCAUUGUCCCAGACGGAUGGAAAAAGAUGUGUAUGUAUACAGAUGAAGAAUUUGCCACACUGCCAACCAUACAGAAGGUUGUCAAUCCACAAGACGCAAUGAUCCCCUUGAGUUACAGCGCUGAUCCUGGUGACGAAGACUUCAUGUCAGCCAUCAGUUCACUAAGUGAAGGGAUAUGGAUGGACAAUAACACAACUGUGUUUGAAGCGCCUCCCCUUGCCCAUCCCACUAGUAUAGGCUUCGGGCAACUCUCACUAGCUCCGGAAACGCUACCAGUGUCCCAACCCCCUGCAGUUGCGCCACAUAUAUAUGGUGGGCCCGCACUCCUGCUCACCACUCUCAUUCCACCUGCCGAUUUCCACAUCGGCAUCAAGUACACCAAGGAAUAUCUGGAGAAGCACUUCGUUGCAACGUGGGACUUGGUGCAAACAUUACUUGAAUAUGUUCGGCUUGGAGACAAGCCAAUCUUACAAGGACUGAUGUCUUCGAGUGGUAGAAGAGUUGGUUACCAUUUCGAAGAGUUGCGGUCAAGCACUGGAGAAAGUCAAACCGGCCAACAAAAGGACUUGAAUAUAUUUGACGCUAUCGGAUUGGUAAUAAGCGAGCGAUGUGCAUUCGUCAAGAGUUUGAAAGCCAGCUCAGCUGCCUACAUCGACAGAUCGGAUAGAGCUUCCAUCAGAGGUUACAAUCUUCUGAGCAAAUCCUCCCAAAGGAUUCCAGGUUACAUCAAUGAGCUUACUGGGUUGACGUCCUACAGAAGUGUUGCAACAUCGAUUGACUUUACCCGUGAUGACAUUGGGCGACUAUUGCGACCAGUUGUCAAUGGUAGUAACAUUUCCGUGCUGGAUCUGUUCUUUGAUGACUACAAUGAAAUUCCAGAACAACUCCUAUCAACUGUAUGUGCUAUGGCGUCGCCAACCCUGGCAAUUUACACACCAUGGAAGUGUGUGACGAGGCAGUCGACCAGUUACAUAUGCUCAGGAUGGCCCGCCAGGGCACCAGUAAGGGCGCAAUAG